CGUUCGUUGAGAGGAGCACUGGCACACUCAGAAUCACCGGACAGACAAUGCUUCGUCUACACAGAUCGUUCUCCUGUUCUUGUAAGAGUCUUCAGCAGGCGUCUGCGUCGUUGGCGAGAGAGCAGAUUGAUGCCUAUGUGCAGUACUUCAGAACCCCCAAGGAUUUGAGACCGCUGGUGUACAGGGAGAAGAACGCGAGUCAUUUGCUGUCGAGAGAUCUUUGGGAUGAAGUUGCAAAGAAGAGGGUGGUUCCGCUGGAGCCACCAACUGUGCCUUCCAAGAGCGCGUUGAUCAAGAUCAUCUCGGAGUGCACAGACGGGGAGGAGCUGAAGGAGUCGAGGGAUUUGCUGUUGGAGUUGUCGAAGAAGCCGAACUAUACCUCGCCUGACCACAUCGAUGCCUUCCUGGAGAAAUCAGCGCAGCUGAGAAAGUUCCCGCACGCGUUGACGUUUAUCUACUCCCAGCCAUCGCUCAGACAGAGAUUGGAUUCCCAUAACCUGAACACCAUCCUGGUGUACCUCUACAUCAACGAUAGAAAGUCGUUGUUGAACAGCGUGUCGAAGGCUCAAGUGGCAUUGGACAAGAUCCGCAAGCCUAACGCCAUAACCGACCUCCUGAGAGCUUCGUUGUACUUGAAGCAUAACGAACAGGUGCCAGCUGACUUGAAGGAGAAGAUCACGUCCUCCACGGAGGCCGUUUCAGUGCCACAGCUCUCACUGGACAAGUCCAUUGGCGCGCUGUCGAGGGACUACAACACAUACAAAAACAAAUACUUGGAAUUGGCACCAAUUGCCAUCGAGUCCUCGAAAGAUGAAGCCCUGGCCAGCCUACAAACAGUCAAGGAUAUCACACAAUUUGCACAAUCCUUUAAGCAGCUCCAGGACAAGAUCCAACUCAAGGAUGCAUUCUCUGUGCUCAAGAGCAAGAGCAUCUUCAGAAGACCAAAGCAGCCUUCACAAGAGGGUAAAACUGCUGAAGAAGAGACCAAGGAGGAGUAAAUAGCAAACAUCAAAUCCAUGUACAUAAGACAUAGUUUAAGG